CACACGGCCACGGCCCUCCGGACAAACUUGUCGCAACGACGCGCGAAACCAGCUCUUGUGCCGACCCGCGCCGCCACAGCCGCCGCCGCCUCCGCUGCGCCAACAGCCCGCCAUGACGAGGAAGCACGCGGGCACCGGCGUCCUCCGCGCCCUCGUCGCCGUCGCGGCCUCCGUCGCGUCCGCCUCGUCCCGUACGCCCCCGAGGCGCGCCGCGCCCUACCUCGCCGUCCUCCUCCGCCGGGGCCGCGCCGAGGCCGCGGCGCGCCUCAACCGCCACCUCCGCCUGCUGCCUCUCCCGGAGUCCCCUGCCCUACUCUCGGCGCUCCCCUCCGUCCGCGACGCCGUCUCCUACAACACCGUCCUCGCCGCGCUCUGCCGCCAGGGCUGCCUCGACGCCGCGCUCUUCCUCCUCCGCGUCAUGUCGCAUGAGCCCCGCCUCGCCUGCCGCCCCAAUGCCAUCUCCUACACCACCCUCAUGCGCGCGCUCUGCGCCGACCGUCGCGCGGGCCAGGCCGUCGGGCUGCUUCGGUCCAUGCAGGACUGCGGCGUCCGCCCCGACGUGGUCACCUACGGCACGCUCAUCCGUGGGCUGUGCGACGCCGCGGACGUUGACAAGGCCGUGGAGCUGCUGAAUGAGAUGUGCGAGAGUGGUAUCGAGCCUAACGUGGUUGUGUACAGCUGUUUACUCCAUGGUUAUUGCAAGACUGGGAGGUGGGAAAGCGUAGGCAAGGUGUUCGAAGAAAUGUCUGAGAGGGGUAUUGAGCCCGAUGUUGUGAUGUACACUGGUUUGAUCGAUAGCCUGUGUAGACACGGGAAGGUAACAAAGGCAACGCGGGUGAUGGAAAUGAUGACGGAGCGGGGGUUGGAGCCAAACGUGGUGACCUACAAUGUGCUGAUCAAUUCCAUGUGCAAGGAAGGGUCUGUGAGGGAGGCGCUCGAUUUGCGGAAGAAUAUGCUGGAGAAGGGCGUGCAACCAGAUGUUGUGACAUAUAACACACUCAUCACAGGGCUAUCCAGUGUGCUUGAGAUGGAUGAGGUGAUGGCGUUACUAGAGGAGAUGAUGCAAGGUGAAACUAAAGUUAGGCCUGAUUUGAUGACAUUCAACUCGGUUAUAUAUGGACUUUGUAAGAUUGGUUGGAUGCGGCAAGCGUUCGAGGUCCGUGCCAUGAUGGCUGAGAAUGGAUGCAGGUGUAACUUGGUGACAUUUAACCUGCUGAUUGGUGGACUCCUUAGAGUCCACAAGGUAAAGAAGGCCAUGAAGCUGAAGGAUGAGAUGGCUAGUUCUGGACUGCAGCCUGAUUCGUUCACCUAUGGCAUAUUGAUAAAUGGCUUCUGUAAAAUGCGGCAAGUUGAACGUGCGGAAAGCCUCCUGUCUGAAAUGAGACGUCAAGGGAUGGAGCCUGAGCCAGUUCACUAUAUUCCUUUGCUUAAAGCUAUGUGUGAUCAAGGCAUGAUGGGGCAGGCUAGGGAUUUGUUCAAUGAAAUGGAUGGGAACUGCAAAUUAGAUGCUGCUGCAUAUAGCACUAUGAUCCAUGGUGCUUUCAAAUCAGGGGAGAAGAAAAUUGCAGAAGAGUUCCUUAAAGAUAUGAUUGAUGAGGGGCUGAUUCCUGAUGCUGUGACAUAUUCUAUCCCAAUCAACAUGUUUGCAAAAUCUGGAGACCUAGCAGCGGCGGAGCGGGUGCUUAAACAGAUGACCGCAAGUGGCUUUGUGCCCGACGUUGCUGUAUUUGAUUCACUGAUCCAAGGUUAUGGAGCUAAAGGCAACACCGAGAAGGUUCUUGAGUUAACUCGUGAAAUGACAGCCAAGGGUGUAGCACUUGAUUCUAAAAUUAUUUCAACUAUUGUCACUUCUCUUGGGGCAAGUAAUGACGGCCAAAAGUUAUUGCAGAGUUUGCCUGGUUUUGAUACAGAAAUAUCAAAAGGCGA